AUGGAAUCGGAUGAUGAUAUGCAUGAUGCUAAUGACUUGGCGUCAGCGGAGGAGGAAGAUGAUUACUAUAGCGGCGGUGAGGAGGAAGUAGAUGACUACAACUACAGCUAUGAUGAAGCUGAGGACGAGGACGAGGAGAACAUUGAAGAUUUCGAAUUUAUGGCUAAUGAGUCUGAUGACGUUCCUGUUAGUCGCUUACAGAAAAAUUACACCGUCUUGACGGACGAAGAUAUACGACAACGUCAGGAGGAAGAUAUUACUAGAAUUUCUACUGUUCUUUUGAUUUCAAGAGAUGCAGCAUGUAUACUUCUUCGCCGCUAUAAGUGGAGUGUGAAUGAUGUGCAUGAAGAAUGGUUUUCUGAUGAAGAAAGAGUUCGCAAAGCAGUUGGCAUAUUGGAGAAGCCACUGGUUCAAUUUUCAAAUGCUAAAGAAGUAACUUGUGGGAUCUGUUUCGAGAACUAUUCCCUGGAGCGGAUAUGUACUGCUGUAUGUGGUCAUCCUUUCUGUGACUCGUGCUGGAAAGCUUACAUUAGCACAUCCAUCAAUGAUGGCCCUGGAUGCUUGACCCUGAGGUGUCCUGAUCCAUCUUGUGGUGCUGCCAUUGGUCAAGAUAUGAUUAAUAUGUUGGCACCCGAUGGAGAUAAGGAGAAGUAUUGCCGAUAUCUUCUUAGAUCUUAUGUUGAAGACAGUCGAAAGUCAAGGCAAAAGGCAUCAGUGGAUCUGCAUCAAAUGCAGAGUGUGCAUCUCGAGAAGCUUAGUGAAGUACAAACCCAACCCGAGUCACAAAUGAAGUUCAUUAUCGAAGCCUGGCAACAGAUAGUUGAAUGUAGAAAGGUGUUGAAAUGGACCUAUGCUUAUGGAUACUACCUGCCUGAACACGAACACACUAAGAAGCAAUUUUUUGAGUAUUUGCAAGGUGAGGCAGAGGCUGGUUUAGAAAGGCUCCAUCAAUGUGCAGAGAAGGAGCUACAGAACUACCUUAAUGCCGAAGGUCCGUCAAAGGAUUUCAAUGAUUUCCGUACAAAGCUUGCUGGCCUGACAAGUGUGACUCGGAAUUACUUUGAGAACUUGGUUAGAGCACUGGAGAAUGGUCUUUCUGAUGUUGAUCCACGAGGAUCAUGUAGUAAGAUGACAAGCUCAAAAAACGUAGCAGGGAGCAGCAAAGCGAAAGGUGGAAGGGCGAAGGGAUCUUCCAGGACAGGAGCAUUAAGCAGAAACACAGAUGAUUCGAGCAGUUGGGCAUGCGAUCAAUGUACCUUCAUGAAUGCCCGAUCUUCAACUAAGUGCCACAUGUGCCAUUACCAUCGCUAA